CUCGAUCGCAUUUAUCCUUUGUUUCGAUUAUAGUUAUGUUGCUUACGGCUAGUCAACCGAGUCUCUCACCCGAGACAUUUGGAGAUGAUAUGAAGAUGUUUGUAAAGACAGGUUCCACGACGAGUUCAGGAUACUGCUCAAGUCCACAAGCCUCUGAUGAAAGCUUUGAUGGAGAUAAGUUGGAUUAUUUUGGGAACAGCAGCAGCUACAAGAUGUGGGGAGAAAACAGUACGAACAGCGAACACAUUGCUCACAACAUUCUCUCACAGCUGUUUGAGGAGGAGAGGAUUAAGUCCCCUUUACCUAACACCAUGUCUAGUGAUUCAGGAAUAGUGUGGUCCAACGAGUACCAGUGCUCUUACUCAGAGACCCUCUCCUCGCCUCUUUCUGCCUUUUCUGAUGAGACAACAGAUUCUGCGUUCAUGCAGUGGGGAGGAAAGCAGUUAGCUCCUGGUUCCCAGCUGCCCGCUUCUCAGCUGCCGGCCCAGCCAACUAAUGGAGGUUGGCCUACUAGCCUCCAUCAGAAAAACACUGUUAACCCGGUCCCUACUCACAAUAACAACACCGCUCCCAACCCCCCUCAGUCUCACUUCUCUCCCUCCAACUUCAACCAACAGUUCAACAACAACAACAACCACACUGGUCCCAUGGGUAACAUGGGAGCCAUGACCAACAAUAGUCCGAUGGGAAACCACGGUUCUAUUACCAACCACUCCACCAACAUGGGUGGCAUGAACAACAUGGGUGGCAUGAACAACAUGGGAGGAAUGGGAAACAUGGGAGGUAUGGGAAAUCACGGUGGUAAUGGCUUCAACGGGUUCGGGAACAGCCCUAAUUUCGGAGGGAACCGUGUCUCUAGUGGAAUGAAUGGAAUGAUGCAGCAGAACAGAGGACUCCCAGCGGAGGUCCUUCAGCAGAGUCUGCUGAGGAGAAAGUUCGCAGAACAGAGCUUUAUGAAUGUCAACGAUAACAGGUGUUUUCCCUCUUCCCCCAACAAGUUGUACCCGAGUGCGGCACCCAAUGUCAUCUCCCUUAACCAUCACAAGAAACUGCCUCUCUCUUUCAACAAUCAGAUGGAGUGUCCCUUACCCACUCAACAACCACAGAUCUCUCCCGACAGUAAAAUAUUGCUCACCACAAUUGAAACCUGCUGGAGUCAACUCCUCCAACUCAGCAGAGAACAGAAAAAGUACGAAUUCGAGGUUUCCGCACUGUUCAAAGAUUUUGUGAAGCCUGUACCAGUCCAGCCCAAACACAAGUCCCCAUUUAAGCUGGAUCUGCUGAUUCAGAAUACAGAGUCUACGCACGCCAUGAUUGUUGCUUUUGUUGACAACGUUGAGAAAGUCUCACAGAGUGGAAUAAUAAUGAGGACCACGAUUAAAAAGUUCGUUGCGAUGUUGGAUGAGAUAUGCAGGGAGAUGCUAGAUUUAAGAAGACAGAUUCACCCAGUCCACGGACUAUGCAAUGAAGAGACAAUUCGAAAGCUGAUUCAGACAUUGGAACUCUACUCAAAGCACACCAAGACCGUACGCUCCAACCUAUUCAUGAUGGUUACUGUGCUACAACAGGAAAAGACCAACUAGAACUACACCCUACCUCAUCCCUUGUACCUCACUACUUCGACUCUCCUUUCACACAUUAACCUAAUAUAACUGUACACAAGUUGUUAAUGCUUGCCUGUUAUUCACAAUCUGCACACAAUUGAUUGUUUCAUGAAACUUACAUACACGGAAGUUGACGUGACUUCUGUAGAUCUCUGUGUUUUUGGCUGAUUAUGUUGUUAACAGGUGAAACGAUAUAUUUAGAAAAAAACUUUCGUAGAAUUUUGUCGCGUUUACUGCUCUCAUUGUUUGAAUAUAUGGAUAUAAAGUUUAUGAAUAAGUAUAUCAAGUAAUGUUCCAGUUUAAGUUAUUGUUGAAUUUAUGGUUAACAUAUGUAUACUUUCCUUCCUACGCACCUCCUUUCCGCUUUUAAUUUUUAAAAAGGUCCAAUACUGACAUUUUCGACGCAUUGAAAACCGGAAAGGAGUUGAGGUAUUUUCAAAACAAUGUUAUCGAAUUAAGUAUUAUUUUUAAGAAUUUGUUUUGACGGUGGAUUUAGUACCAGGAGUAAAUUUACAUUAUUUGUGUUGACUGAUGUCGCUUAAGUUUCGCAUACAUUUUGAGCGAUACCAAUAAUAAUAUUAAUUUUAGUGUAACGAAUUUAGUAUUUAUUAUUUAGUACUGGUAUUUCUCUCUAAUGCAUGUUUUUAAAGUUGGAACUAUGUUUGAAAACGUUUAGAAUCAAUUGUUUUGUAGUUUUAAAAUUUUUAUUAAAUAUAUUCUACCUAUUUUUGUCGGAUGUUUUAAAAUAUUAGGGUAUCUCGAUUCUUAUUUAUCACAGUGCACAACGGUUGAAAGUGCGGGUUUGAACCUAAAGUAACGGCUGAAGUCGCGUAUGUUUUCUACAUUUUUAGCUUUGUUUUUUACCGGGGCUCUGCGCUGUUUCUAACACUCGGACUAAAAGACUACUAUUUUGUCAAUAGCUGGUCAGCCUCAAGU